GCUGUCGACGCUGAUGCGUUGUCGCUCCAAUCCGCUUCGUUGAACACGUGUAGUUGGAGCGUUUAAUAAAAUCGGAGUAAAGUCAUUCGGAUAAUUGACGGCUGGAAAAAAAGUGCAAAUUGUUCGAGUUUAUAAUUUUUUAGUUCUUUUAUAGUCGAUUUUGUUCGAGGCAAAGUUACUUAGAAAAAAAUACGGACCACGCCGGGAGGAUCGAGAAUCCUCUCUCGUUGGCGGAUUGGUUUUCUCGGUUGUGGACAAACUUUCUCCGCAUUUUUGCUGACCGAAACUCGCCGAACCCGGCCGGCCUGAAACUCGCGCUCGCGGGGUUCAACGUUCCUGAAAAUAGUGGGUGUGUCGCGUGUGCCUUUUCGAGACUCUCUCGCGAUGGAGACGACGCGAUGCGCGUACCUAUCCGAGGAUGAGAACUUGUACCAGGUGUAUAAUCGUGAGAAAGCGACCAGUAACCUCGUUACUCUCGAUGCGCUACUGGCGGACUUGCAGAAUACCGUAUCAUCGGAAGGGAAUCACGUCGGUGGUAAUGCGACACCCGGUUACGGAUCGUUGAAUGGUGCUCGCACCCACGCGACCACCGUCUAUAGAUCCUACGACAAUCGAACCUCGCCACUGCCACCGCAAUCGCCGACUUAUCAGAACCGCGAGGCGAUAGAGGAAACCAUCAGUAAAACCGGAAGUGCGUCUUACACCCAGACAGGCACCGGGAGCAAGAUGCCUUCUCUCAAUAACAAUCUUUCCGAGUUGGACACUCUGCUGCAAGACUUGAGCAAUGCGCGCUAUAAUGCCCAUUUUCAGGAAAGAGACAGCCGCGUGUCUACAACAGGGGUGAACGGGGGCGCGACCAGCCCCAUGCUCCGUUCCCCGAGUAGUAUGUCGGCCUCUCGACCCACCGUCGACUCGUUGCUCGAAGAGCUAAGCACCGCAGUGCCUAAUGGAGACUAUCCCGCCGAUGGAAAGGUGAGGGUCAUCAUACAGGAGACGUCCACGGAGAUACAGCCGGUCUAUGACGGCUAUCCUUCCAGUCAGCAUGGCUCGCUGAAUCGAACCGAGGUUCAGAGGAGUUAUUCUAAUGGUCAUACCGCGAGUAACGCUACCAAGGAGCUGGAUGAUCUAAUGGCUUCGCUUUCCGAAUUCAAGAUCAACAGCACUCAUCAGCACCAAACAGUAACCGACUCCCCGUACGCGAAGCCCAACAAGGCCACCAAGAGCUCGCAGAGUCCACUGCCCGUCGGCGAGGGCACGCAAACCCGUGUCCACAUCACCGAGACCCACACGACUCAUCUCUAUCAACCGGGGGAGAACCAGCCUCUCAAACAAAAUCAGUUGGAUUCUAUGCUCGGUAAUCUUCAGGCUGACAUGAGCCGCCAGGGUGUCAACACUACUCAGAAGGGAUGCUGCAGCGCCUGCGAGAAGCCCAUCGUGGGCCAGGUAAUAACGGCCUUGGGCAAGACAUGGCAUCCGGAACAUUUCACGUGUACCCACUGCAACCAGGAGUUAGGCACGCGAAACUUCUUCGAGAGGGAGGGCCAUCCUUAUUGCGAGACAGACUAUCACAAUUUGUUCUCACCCCGUUGCGCUUAUUGCAACGGACCUAUUCUUGAUAAAUGCGUGACCGCCCUGGAAAAGACCUGGCAUACCGAGCAUUUCUUCUGCGCUCAGUGUGGCAAGCAGUUCGGCGAAGAGGGUUUCCACGAGCGAGACGGCAAGCCUUACUGCCGCGAGGACUACUUUGACAUGUUUGCUCCUAAAUGCGGCGGCUGUAAUCGCGCCAUUAUGGAAAAUUACAUAUCUGCACUCAACAGCCAGUGGCAUCCGGAUUGUUUCGUCUGCAGGGAUUGCAGACAAAAGUUUCAGGGAGGUUCAUUCUUCGACCAUGAAGGAUUGCCGUAUUGUGAGACACAUUAUCACGCCAAAAGGGGAUCAUUGUGUGCGGGAUGUCAUAAGCCCAUCACUGGUCGUUGCAUAACGGCAAUGUUCCGCAAAUUCCAUCCCGAGCACUUUGUAUGUGCGUUUUGUUUGAAACAAUUGAACAAGGGCACAUUCAAGGAGCAAAACGACAAACCUUACUGCCACGGUUGCUUCGAGAAGCUCUUCGGAUAAAUAAUUUGUCUGUCUUUUUCUCUCUUUGGAAUUUAUAUUUUGUAACAUAAUAACGAAAUGAGAGACAGUUUCGCUCUCGGUGCCGUUUUACUAUUCUCUCGACGAAAUAUAUAUACAGUAUAUAUAUACUUGCUUUGAUCGUCUAUAUAAAAGCAUUAGAGACGACUCACAUUGCCUGAAAAAUAGUCUUCUAGAAUUUCCAUUUUUUAUAAAUAUUGACCUUUGGGCAAAUGCAAUCGAAAGAAUAUUGUGAAUAGGAGAAUUUCAAUUAUUAAAGAUUAUCGCAAAAAUACAUCAGAAGAUAUAUGUAUAAUCUAUCUCGUCACAAUUGCCAUUUUUAAUAAUACUGACGAGCUUAGAUUUUAUUUUUUUUUUAGGGAAAAAAUUAAAUUAAAAAUUGUUAUAUAUCUGAAAAGAGGAUGUAAGUGAAUUAAACCCUAUUAUUUGUUUAAUAAAGUAUAAAUUUCAAGUAAUUUAUUUCGUAAGAAUAAAUUGUCAAACUACUUGAUGUUAAAAUUUGCAAGGAAAUUUCUUUCUCUCUCCAUGAUAUGUUUAUUGUGAAACAUUUUAAAUUGCCCAAGAAUUAAUAGAUUUGACGAAACAUUCUUUAUAAUUCUUAAAAAUCUUAUAUAUCUUUAUAUAAUUUUACAUAACAAAUUAUUUCUCCAAUUGCACAAGUUUGAGUCUAUUAUGUCGUUUAAGAAUUAAUGAAAAGGGUGCUAUAUGAUUUAUAUACGUUACUAAUAAUUUGUAUCAAGAUAAUAUCUAGUAUGUAUACGAUAUACUUGUUCGAGCAGGUUUUGCAUUUGUACGACAAGCGAACUUUCGUCACCAAAUAUUUCUCUGACGAAAGAUCUUCCCGUGCACGCGCUCGUUAAGUUUCGUAUGUUUAUAAAUAUUUAAAUAGCAGUAUAGAGUCAAAGUUUAACGAAUAUUAUCGCGCGAAUAGAAUUACUUACAAGAAUUACUUACGUCUGCUAUAUCGAAUCACGUAUUGCCAUGUAAAGAAAAAAAUAAUCGUGAGAAUUAUACGAAGAAAGCAUGUGUACGAAGUGAACGAAAUCGCGUACGCUUCAGAGGACAAGGAUAAGAAAUAAAUACAUAUUAUGAGACAGUUAA